AUGGGCUCUUCUAUCGAUUCUUACGACGCCACGAACCGCCUUGCCGGUCAAGACCACGUCCUCUCAUCUGACAUCGCCAUCAUUGGUGUCUCUGGGCGCUUUCCUGGCGAUGCAACUUCCCCUCGGAAUCUAUGGGACAUGGUCAUGGAGGGGAGAAAUGCCCAGGAACCGAUACCCAAAAGCCGCUUCAAUGCGGACGGCUUCUACCAUAAAGACAGUGGCCGGGCUGGAGGAUUUGGCGGUACCAAGUUAGGCUACUUUGUGUCUCAAGAGGUCGACCGUUUUGACUCCAGUUUCUUCUCCAUUACGCCCGAGGAAGCUAAGGCAAUGGAUCCGGUUCAGCGUCUACUGUUGGAGGUGGCGUACGAGGGUCUUGAAAACGCGGCCAACGGCUACGCUCGUGCCGAAGGUGGUGGGUUUGUUGUUUUGAAGCGACUGGAUAAGGCUCUCCGCGAUGGCGAUACCAUUCGCGCGGUCGUCCGCGCCUCGGGAGCCAACCAAGACGGCCGGACUCUCGGCCUUACGCAGCCAUCAGAGGCCCGACAAGCGGAAUUGAUCCGUUCGACGUAUAAGUCUGCAGGACUGCCCUUGCAUGAGACAAACUACUUUGAGGCCCACGGCACGGGCACAAAGACGGGCGACCCUAUCGAGUGUGCGGCCAUAGGUGCUGCCUUUGCGCCGACACGACAACAUCCAUUGUACGUGGGGUCUGUAAAGAGCAACGUGGGACAUAUGGAGGGCGUUAGUGGGAUUGUCAGUAUGGUCAAGACUAUUUACAGCCUCGAGAGUGGCUGGAUUGCACCGACCCAUGGGUUGGAGAACAUCAACCCUAGGAUCAAGGUGGCUGACUGGAAGAUCAACAUUCCUACACGUGCUAUUCGCUGGCCCGCUGGCCUGCGGCGUGCUAGCAUUAACAGUUUCGGCUAUGGUGGUGCCAAUGCUCAUGUCGUAAUGGACGAUGCGUACCACUUCUUGAAGCAGCACAAGCUGCAAGGCUGGCACAACACCACUGUCGAAGUUGAGAGCCCGGAACUCCUCCCUAACAAAGUCAAUGGAACCAAUGGAACCGAUGGAACCGAUGGAACAAAUGGAACAAAUGGGACAAAUGGAGUAAACGGCCAUGCUCAAUACGGCGACACGCCGAAAACAGAAGGGACAACCUCUCGUCUCUUCCUCCUCUCUUCUCACGAGGAAUCCGGCAUCACUCGACUCAGCCAGAGCCUGCAGACUUACCUGAACGAAGUCGACGUCCAGCGCGCGUCUGAAGGAAGGAAUGAUUUCCUGCACCGUCUAGCAUAUACGCUCUCCGAGAAGAGGUCGAGUCUUCCUUGGAAAACGUAUACCGUCGGGUCGACUAUCGAGGAAUUGAUAGGGGCUUUGGAUGGGGCACAGACCCGGGCGAUCCGCGUCCCCAACAAGGCGCGGGCGCUCGCAUUCAUCUUCACCGGCCAGGGUGCACAAUGGUCUGCCAUGGGGCGCAGUCUGCAAAGAUAUCCCGUCUUCCAACAGUCCCUGCGCGAGUCAAAUGCCUGUCUCCAGUCUUUGGGCUGCACGUGGGAUCUCAUAGAAGAACUGAACCGCAGUGACGAGGAAUCCAAAAUCGAUCGCCCGUACAUCAGCCAGUCGGCAUGCACGGCGCUACAGCUCGCCGUCGCGGAUCUCCUGUCUAGCUGGGGCAUCCGUCCGCAGGUCACGAUUGGCCAUUCGAGCGGCGAGAUUGCGGCCGCCUACGCCAAGGGUGCGAUCGACAAGGCGGCUGCCAUGCGCAUUGCCUACUACCGAGGAGUCCUUAGCAGUCACAUCGGCAAGAUGGGUGCCAUGGCUGCCGUUAGCCUGGGUGUGGAUGCAGCCAUGGGGUACGUCGGCCGUGUUACCACGGGCAGGAUCGUGGUGGCUUGCAUCAACAGCCCAGAGAGUGUGACAUUAUCCGGCGAUAUGGAGGCAAUCGACGAGGUUAUGCUGCUGCUGCAAGCUGACGACAUAUUUUCGAGGAAGCUCCGGGUGCAGACCGCGUACCACUCCCACCAUAUGAAGCUCAUCGCCGACGAGUAUCUGGCUAAUUUAGCAGGUGCCUGGAAGAGUAAUCCGGGCCAUACGGACGUCACCAUGUUCUCGUCAGUGCAUACCAAGCCCGUGGACGGCACCGGUCUUGGACCUUCGUACUGGGUGGCCAACCUAGUCAGUCCCGUCAACUUCUCGGGCGCCAUCACGGCCGCUGCUCAUGCAGGCCUUCUGGGGGGUAAGGCAAGAAACAUGACCGGUCUGAAGAAGGGGAGUCCCGAUGCCAUUGUUGAGAUUGGACCGCAUGCGGCGCUGCAGGGGCCUCUGAAGCAGAUUCUGGGCAGCCUCGGCGAUAAGCUUCCGUCUCCCCCUCGGUACUUAUCGGUCAUCAAAAGACAGCAAGACGCCAUUCAGACGGCCCUCGAGGUGGCUGGCGAACUGCUCGUCCUGGGCCACCCGGUCGACGUGCGCCUGGUGAAUGCAUACGAUGCUGAUGGUGGUAAUGUCACGGAGGGCUGCAAGAUACCUGCACUGGUGGAUCUUCCCCCAUAUGCAUGGAACACGUCUAACCGAUACUGGAGUGAGUCGGCUGCGGUCUCGGCCUACAGAAACAGGAGCCAUCCACGGCUUGAGCUGCUUGGACUUCGAGACGAACGAUCAACCGAGACUGAACCGUCCUGGCGCAACCUCCUCCGCAUUUCUGAACAGCCCUGGAUCGAGCACCACCAGUUCCAGAGUACCAAUAUCUACCCCAUGGCAGGCAUGAUUGUGAUGGCCAUUGAAGCCAUGCGCCAGGUUCAGACCCGCACCGAUGUCUUGGGCUACCAGGUGCGCGAUGUUAGCAUUCGACGGGCUUUGGUGGUUCCAUUCGACCAGACUGUUGAGACAAGGCUUCAGUUAGCGCCGUGGCGCUCGUCACCCAUCGCAGCCGACGAUUCCUCGUACUGGUCCGAAUUCAAAGUGUCUAGCCGCAGCGAGAGCGGCACGUGGACGGCAAACUGUACGGGUUUGAUCGCCGCCCUGUACUGUCCAAAGGGAGAAGCGCUUGCCAGAAAUGGUGUGUUUGUGGACGAAGAGGCGGUCGCUAACGCCGAACUCAAGAAGGACCAUGAAAAGAUCCAGCAGUCGGGCUUUCCGAGCCUGGACCCGGCUGUCUUUUACGACACGCUCGACAAGACGGGAUUUCAUCUCGGUCCCGCGUUCCAGGGAGUCAAAGAGCUGCACCUCCUCAAUGACAAGUCGCACUACACCAUGGAGGUGCAUGAUACGGCGCAAUGGUAUCCAGCAAGGUGGGAGCCGCCUCAUCUGAUCCAUCCGUCUGUCCUAGACGUCUUUGUGCAUCUCUUGACUUCGAGCGCGGGUUACGGCAAACACCUGAAAGCGCGACUGCCCGUUUCCACGGCGUCCAUCUACGUUUCGGCGAACUUUGAUUCCACCCCAGGCACCAAGUAUCAUGGUUUCACACGCACCCGCAAGCUCGGUGGCGGCGACAAAGUGUCGAGUGAUGUCUUUGCCUUUAGCGAGGACGGAGGGGACAAGCCUGUCAUUGCACUCCGUGGCUGCCAGUCUGUGGCUCUCCAUGGUUCGGGUUUACAAGUAGAUGCUUCCUCCAACACACAAAAUGCUGGCAGCCUACACCUGUCUCAUGGCGGCCAUGUCCCCGUUGUUCCACACUUGGCUCCGGAUGUAGAAAUGGCUGAUGCUGUUCAACUUCAACAGCUUCUGGAAGACGCUCCCGAUCUCGCUGCCGCGCUCAGAAAAUACGUGUCCCUACUCGCGCACAAGUAUCCCGCUCUGGACAUUCUCGAAUGCAGUCCGUCUGCCAGCAGUCUCCUCACAAAGGCUCUUGACCCGACGCCGGCAGGGGCGGGAAAAGAGAUUCACAAGCGUAUACAGUCGAUUGUUCUGUCCGGCGCUGCGCCUCCUGAGGAGCCAUCCUCCUCUUUUGGGCCAUGGAGUCAGUCGUUUCGCCAUCAGGAGCUGGAUCUUUCCGAAAGUCUUGUGACACAGGGCUUGGAACGGGCUUCUCGCGAUCUUGUGGUCUUGGACACUGCUCUGGAAUAUAAGAAUGACGAUUCCGUCAUUCUCACCAACCUGAAAGAGCUUCUAAAACCACGGGGUGGCGGGUUGAUGAUUGCAAAUCAUUCUGGCAGCACGCGAGCCAUCUCAGACAGUGUGUUGAUAUCCGCAGGUUUCACCACCUUUACUACCAUCAACUUCCCUGACACGUCGCGCCUUACUAUUGCCCGCUUGACAGAAGAACAGCCCAACAGCAACGCCACAGUCCAGAAUAUUUUGAUUGUCAUGCCACAGCGUCCAUCUUAUGGACUGAGACGAGCGUUGGAACAAGUGGAGUGCGAGCUACAACAAGCGCAUAACUAUCAUGUUGUCAAGAUGCCCUUUGGCAACGCCAUUCCAGAACAGCUCUCCACGUACUUGGCUCUCAUCGCCCUAGAUCUGGACGUUCCCUUCCUGGAAGACCCAGAAGAGCAUUCCUUUGCCAAACUUCGGUCCUUGGUCCUUGGAACUCAGGGAACGUUGUGGUUGACUUUGGACUGCGACUCCAGAGGCCUCGUCAAAGGCGUUGGCCGGACGAUCCGCGCCGAGUACCCGGAAAUCCCUUUCACGACACUCGCACUCGACUUGGCCGCCCCGCUGGAUGCGGACGUCAAUGUGCGUACUAUUGCGAAACUCGUCGGCAACAUGCGCAGCAAGAUGCUAGCGCAGUCUAGUGACUCGGAGCAUGUCAUUCGUCAGGGACGGGUCUUGGUGGAACGUCUCGAGCCGGAAGCCGACCUCAAGGCCUUGUUGGACGCAGCCAAGUCUGGACAAAGGCUUCCUCCGGUCAGGAUGACCCUGCGACAGGGCACCCAGCAGCAAGCCGACGGCGGCCAGACACUGCGCUUGUCCUUCCGCGAGCCAGGACUCCUCGACUCGUUUGAAUACCACCCGGUGUCCGGCUUAUCUAGCCUGGAUCCCGUGUCUGAGGGCCAGAUGGAGAUCGAGGUCCGGUCGGUCGGCUUGAGCUUCCGCGAUGUCAUGGUGGCCAUGGGUCAAAUGGAGGAUGUCAACGUGGGCAUGGAGUGCUCGGGCAUCGUGUCGAGGCUGGGUCCCGGGAUCGACAAGUUCCGCGUGGGCGACCGCGUGUUCGGCCUGCACGCCGGCUGUUUUCAGACCCGCGUGCGCGUGGACCCGCGCAUCUUCCAGCGCACCCCGGACAAUGUGAGCGACGAGGUGGCCGCGGCGCUGAUGGGCCAAUACAUGACCGCGGUGCACUCGCUGAUCAACGUGGGCCGCCUGCAAAGCGAUGAGUCUGUCCUGAUACACUCUGCGGCCGGUGGCCUGGGCCAGGCAGCUAUUAUCGUUGCCCAGUAUCUCGGGGCCAGGCAGAUCUUCGCAACGGUCUCGUCGGACCGGAAAAAGAAGUUUCUGAUGGAUGAGUACGGCAUCCCGGAGUCGCACAUCUUCAACAGCCGCGACUACUCGUUCGCCGAUGGCGUCAUGCGGGUCACCAACGGACGGGGCGUAGACGUUGUGCUCAACUCGUUGGCCAAUGAGGCCCUGCGGCGCACAUGGCACUGCGUGGCGCCGUUUGGUCGCUUCAUCGAGCUGGGCAAGCGUGACAUCUACGACAACACUGGCUUGGAGAUGCGGCCGUUCCUGAACAACAUCACUUUUGCGGGCCUGGACAUUGCCGUCCUCAUCACUGAAUAUCCCGACCGCUGCGAGAAGCUCGGCAAACAAGUGCUGGAGUUACUGCACCAGGGCGCCAUUAGACCCCUCACAAGUGUCGUGCAGUACGGUUUUGGGGAAGUAGAGCAGGCCUUCCGACUAAUGCAGAGUGGCAACAACAUUGGCAAGAUUGUCCUGAUCCCGCGGCCUGAUGACGUGGUCCCCGUCGUCCCCGGAGGACUCGGUGCGUUCCGACUGCCCCCGAACAGCGCCUAUGUCCUCGUCGGUGGUCUUGGUGGCAUCGGCAGAUCUAUUGGCAGGAUGCUCGCCGAGAAGGGCGCCAAGCAUUUAAUCUUCCUUUCCCGGAGCGGCAAUGCGCACCCGGAAGCACACGCCCUGCUCGAUGAGCUACAGCGGCAAGGCGUUUCAGCGACGGCCAUUGCGGUCGACGCAGCGGACAAAGCACAGCUGGAACAGGCCUUGGACAAGAUCAGGCAAAUAGGUCCUCCGAUCAAGGGCGUCAUUCACUGCGCCAUGGACCUGAGAGACGGCAUCUACCAGAACAUGACUGCGAGGGAUUGGAAUUUGGCCCUCCGCCCUAAGCUCAAAGCUACACGCAACCUGCACGAGCUUUUGCCAGCCGACCUGGAUUUUUUUGUCUGCUUGUCGUCCAUUGCUGGCAUCAUUGGCUCCCGCGGCCAGGCCAACUACAAUGCUGGAAACAGCUACCAGGAUGCCCUCAUGCACCACCGUGCCGCCUCGGGCCUGGCGGCCGCCAUCUCCGGACGCGCUCCGACCCAGAUUGCCGUCGGCACGGCCACUGGUGGCCAGCUCGACAAGUCGUUAUCCAACGAUCCCUACUGGUUUGCGGAUUCACGGUUUACCGUUCUUAGCCAGCUGGAUCGGCAGGCGGGUGGCGAUGGUGGCGGCGGUGGCGGCAGCAGCAGUGAGGCCGCGAAAGACGAUUGGAAGAAGCUCGUGGCGGGCGCCACGUCCAAAGACCAGGUUUACGACCUCGUACUUGCCCAGCUGCUGGUCGGCGUGUCCAACAUUAUCAAGAUGAACCUGGACGACAUUGACCCAAAGAAAUCUCUGCCGGCCCUUGGCAUCGAUAGUCUUGUCGCGAUCGAGGUUCGGACCUGGCUGCGCAAGGAGUUUCAGGCGGACCUCUCUGUAUUUGACAUUGUCAGCAACGAUCCGCUGUCUACCUUUGUGCACAGGGUCACAGCCAAGUCCGCCCUGGUCCCAUCUGGUCUUGCUUGA